CCCCUCCUACCCGCCUAAAGUCCGUUUUCCAACAUCGUCGUCGUCGUCUAUCAUCUCUCCCUCCAUAUAUAACCGCAGAAAACACACCUUUUUUCCCUCUUUUUCUGUUAAACUUUUCUAAAUCAGCGAAAAACCAACCCGUGUUACUUGCAAUCGAAAAUUCCAGAUUGCGAACCAGAGGACCCCUCUCGCAUUUACUGCUCUGAUCAGAUCUGCCCCCACUCCAUUUCUCAUUGAUUGAAAUUAUAUUUACGCGAAGAUGUCAACCGACAGCGACGACGAGGACGAGCUCCUUCAGAUGGCGCUGAAGGAGCAAUCCCACCGGGAUCUCAAUUACCAGCGCCCGUCGUCGUCCAAUCAACGGAAGCCGGUCUCGAAUUUCGUCCAGGCUCCCAAAACCGCCGGUUCCGCGAGGCCGGCGGCCCCGACUCAUCGCCACCAGAAGAGCAGGGGUUCCACCCUGGACGACGACGACGACUCCGAAGUCGAAAUGCUAAGCAUAUCGAGCGGUGACGAGGAAGUGAGCAAGGACCGGCCGCCGGCCAAAGGGAGAGCCGGCGGUGGUGGAGCGGGAAGGGGAGGAAAAGACGACGACGGGUGGGAUGGCGGGGAGCCUGAUUGCUGGAAGCGAGUGGACGAGGCCGAGCUUGCACGAAGGGUUCGUGACAUGCGAGAGUCGAGAACAGCACCAGUAGCUCAAAAGUUCGAUCCUAAGCCCAUAGCAGCAAUGACUAAAAAGGGGCUCAAUUCUCUAUUGUCAUUGCCUCGUGGAAUGGAGUGUAUAGACCCAUUGGGGUUGGGGAUUAUAGACAACAGAACAUUAAGGUUGAUCACCGAUUCGUCAGUUAGCUCGCCAUCAAAAGCUGAUAGAGAUAUAGAUAGUGAUCUUCGAGAGAAAUUGUUAUAUUUGUCUGAUAAGUUUGAUGCCAAGCUGUUCCUGUCACGGAUACAUCAACGCACCAGUGCAGCAGACUUGGAGGCUGGUGCUCUUGCUUUGAAGACUGAUCUAAAAGGGCGGACCCAGCAGAGGAAACAACUGGUGAAAAACAAUUUUGAUUGUUUUGUCUCUUGCAAAACUACAAUUGAUGAUAUCGAAUCAAAACUAAGACGGAUAGAAGAAGACCCUGAAGGUUCUGGGACUAAACAUCUGUACGAUUGCAUGCAAGGAGUCAAUUCACUGGCAGUUCGUGCAUUUGAACCUUUAUUUGAAAGACAGGCCCAAGCAGAGAAGAUCAGGUCUGUCCAAGGAAUGCUCCAGAGAUUCAGAACACUAUUUAACCUGCCUAGCAUGAUUCGCAGCAGCCUUAGCAAGGGUGAAUAUGAUUUGGCAGUUAGAGAGUAUAAGAAGGCGAAAUCGGUUGCCCUCCCCUCUCAUGUGAAGAUAUUGAAACGUGUUCUUGAAGAAGUUGAAAAAGUGAUGCAUGAGUUCAAGGGAACACUUUACAAGUCCAUGGAGGAUCCACAGAUAGAGUUAACAAAUCUCGAGAACACAGUGAGGCUGCUGGUGGAGCUAGAACCUGAGUCUGAUCCCGUGUGGCAUUACCUAUGUGUACAGAAUAACAGAAUUCGAGGUUUGCUUGAGAAAUGCUCAUUGGAUCAUGAAGCAAGGAUGGAUACAUUGUACAAUGAGAUGAAACGAAGAGCUCUGUUGGAUGCGAAGUGGAAACAAAUUCAAAAUGAAACUUCAGAUGUAGAUCCAGUAGAUCUGCAGUCGCUGGUUUUGCUUGGUGAAGAAGUUGAUUCUCUGAGGGGAAAGUAUAUCCGCAGGUUAACGGCUGUAAUCAUCCAUCACAUACCAGCUUUCUGGAAAAUAGCACUUUCUGUUUUCAGUGGGAAAUUUGCGAAGUCUUCCCAAGUUUCUGCUGAGUCGAAUCUCAGUGCAUCAAAUAAGGCUGAUGAAAAAGCUUUAGAUGUUAGGUGCUCGACUCAUUCUCUUGAUGAGGUUGCUGGAAUGAUACGCAGUACUCUAUCUGCAUAUGAAGCGAAGGUUCAUGGCGCAUUUCGUGACCUUGAGGAAUCAAAUAUUCUCUGUUCUUACAUGAGCGAUGCCAUAAAAGAAAUAUCUAAAGCCUGCAAAGCUUUUGAAGUGAAAGAAUCUGCUCCGCCUACCGCUGCACUGGCCCUCAAAACUCUUCAGGCUGAGAUUACAAAGAUAUACAUACUACGGCUUUGCACCUGGAUGCGGGCAACUACUGCAGAGAUGUCAAAAGAUGAAACAUGGACUACUGUAUCUAUCCUUGAAAGGAAUAAAUCGCCUUACACAAUCUCUUUCCUUCCUCUUGCAUUUCGCUCAGCUGUAGCAUCAGCAAUGGAUCAGAUCAAUCUGUUAGUUCAAUCUUUGAAGGGCGAGGCCGGGAAGUCGGAGGAUAUAUUUGCACAAGUUCAGGAGAUUCAAUUAUCCAUUAGACUUGCCUUCUUCAACUGCUUUCUGGACUUUGCAGGUCAUCUGGAACAUAUUGGAACUGAGCUAUUACAGAAUAAAUCAAACUUACAGAAUGGAUAUUCUCAUGACGUGGAAGAGAAAUUAUCAUCCAAUUCCACAGGAGCUGUUAAUGCCCAUCAAAAGUUGCUGAUUGUGUUGAGUAAUAUUGGAUACUGCAAAGACGAACUGUCACACGAGCUUUUCAAGAAGUACAAGUGUGUAUGGUUGCAAUCUAGGUAUACUAGACUCAAGUCCGUGACUAUCACUUUUGAGGGCUAGGCGUAAAUCUGCAUAAAAGGAAACCAUCAUAUUUCCACUGUUUGUGGUCAUAAAACUGUCCUUGAUAAUUUAUCUCUUCCAUGCUAUCCUACAAAUUAUUCAUCAUAGUCUGAACAUCUUCCAAAAAAAUAAAUGAAUUGAAAUUGGUUGCCUAACUGAACUAGCUCAGUGAUGCAUAAGGAGCACAUAUUUGCUUCCAAGCGCCCAGCAGUGUGGCUGCUGUGCUGUUAUUUCAAUUUCCACUUGAUUAUGGCUGAUCUUAUUGGUUAUCAUUUUGCUUCAAUCGUCUAUUCAGGUUUGAGCAUCACUCGCUACUUUUUCGUUUAUUCUUGAAGUCUGGUUGCCAUUACUCUACCUGCCUUAUUUCACAUUGCCCUUUUCUUUACAAUUAGAUUGGUUGCUAUCUCUGUGCCUAUGGUGACCGCCUGUAAUCUUCUGUUUACCACAGAGAAAGUGAUGAAGAUGACAUUGACAUACAGGAUCUCGUGACGUCUUUCUCUGGUCUUGAAGAGAAGGUCCUUGAACAUUAUACUUUUGCAAAGGUAUACUACAGGUUAUUCAUUUGCUUUUUAGCUCAACCAUACUGCACAAUGCGCACACAUGGAGCUUGAAGGCUUGUUCGUAAAGUCACGAGGUCACCCGUGUUGGCGGGGAACAAAAGAUGGUCCAGUGACUGGUGUGUGCUGAACAGCGCUGGAAAUUAGAUAAACCGAGCUUCUUGCAUGGAAAAACUUCAUCGUUUCAACUGUUCAUGGGGCUUAUUACUUUGUUUGGGACAUAAUAGUAUUCCUUCUCCUUGUAGAUUUUUUAUUACUUUUACAAGCAGUAGCAUCACUGUUAAUUGGUAAAAACUUCCAAAGGUCAAGCUUAAACUUAAAAUGACGAUGAAAAUCAAGUUGUUAUCUACAAGUCAGAUAUCAAAGUAGGAUGCUUGGCUCUACUUUUUUAUUUCGUUGUCUAAACUUCUCCAUAUUUUUAUUGCAGGCAAAUUUGAUAAGGACAUCAGCUAUGAACUAUUUGCUGAACACUGGGAUCCAAUGGGGAGCAGCUCCUGCUGUCAAAGGCGUUCGUGAUGCAGCUGUGGAAUUGUUGCACACUCUGGUCUCGGUGCAUGCUGAGGUGUUUGCUGGUGCAAAGCCCCUCUUGGACAGGACACUUGGCAUUCUCGUGGAGGGUCUGAUUGAUACAUUUCUUAGCCUUUUUCACGAAAAUGAAGAUGGUGAAUUUAGGUCGCUAGAUGCGAAUGGUUUUUGUCAGAUGAUGAUUGAGCUCGAAUAUUUUGAGACCGUAUUGAACCCAUAUUUCACACCUGCUGCAAGAGAGUCGCUGAAGUCCUUGCAAGGAGUGCUGUUGGAGAAAGCCACCGAGAAUGUCUCUGAAGUUGCCGAGAAUCCAGGCCACCAACGUCGGUCAACUCGUGGGAGCGAGGAUGCAGCUUCGGACGACAGGCAGCAGGGCGGAAUGACUGUAUCUCCAGAUGACCUGAUCGCUCUUGCUCAGCAAUGCAGCGCAGAGUUGCUGCAAGACGAGCUGGAGAGAACUCGCAUCAACACAGCAUGCUUCAUCGAGUCAGUUCCCUUGGACACGAUGCCAGAUAAAGACGCAUUUGACUUGAGAGGGUCAGAGGAUUCUCCGACCCAAUACUACCAAGAGUCGGCCCCCAAGCCGUUAGUUCCAGCUCCUCCUGGAUACUCCUCCAGAGGCAAGCGCCGAUGAUGAUCUUGGAGACGACGCCUUGCUACUCGUUGUGCGCGGAGUUUUGUUUCUUGUUUUUGUGCAUUGUGUAGCUUGUUGCAUGUUAGCUCUGUAGAUCCAGUAGAGCAAAGAAGAACGAAAUAUUUGGUGUGGUCCUUUUAGGCCUUUCUAUUCUGUUUUAUUUUCUUAGAAAAGCUUUUUUUUUUUUACUUUCAAUACAAAUGAGUGUAGGAAAAAGAAAGAAAGAAAGAAAGAGGACGCAGCUGAAAAUUGGUUAUUGGAUUGGAUUGUAUCACAUUCUUGCCUUCUUUGUUACCCCAUAAUGAGCUCCCGGUGUUUCAUAGUUGUUCUCAGUAGGGAUGCCGAUUUCGACAGUUCUCG